AUGAGGAAAACCACAACAACGACAUUAUCAACGACGACGAGUAGCAACAGCUCUGCAAGACCAGGAGGCUCAAAAGGGAUUUCUUCUCCGAACAUGUUGGGCAAGUCAUCGGGAGGUGUUUCUGGCACUGCCUCCUCACAGAAGCGCUCUCCAUCCACUGGGAAAGCAUCAUCUACAACUUUGAAUCGGACAACAACACCCUCUUCAACAACACAACCACCAGAAUCGAAACAUGUCAAGAGAUUCACUCAGGAACGAUAUGACAAGCAUAAGACAGCAAAUCCUUUCACGGCAAAAAAUAAGUUUAAAACAACCUUUGGAGGCGUAUAUGAAGCUGGUGGAAUACCUUGUAGAAUACAACACACCGCAGCAAAUAUGCAUUUGAAAUGGGAUCAAGAUCCUCAAGACAUGUUUUCAUACGACCCAUUAAUUGUGACUAUAGCGGAUGGCCUUAGAGAAACGGAUCAUCCUUAUAUUGUCAUGGUUCAAAAAGCAAUUGUGGAUUUAUGUACUGCUCCUGGAGCGAAAGAAAAAAUUGAACCCUUGCUCCGACAAAUUGUUUCAUACAUUAGAUUGGCUCUCCAAAGCAAGGAGGAAGUAGUUUUUGAUAAUGCCUUACUGGCCAUCACUCAAAUUGUUUCAUGUGUUGGAAGUUCUCUUGCUCCUCACCUUGCCCAAAUAUUGGUUCAAAUCAGUAAGAAAAUCUUCGACAAGAAGUAUGCUCCAAAAAUACAAGAAUUACUGAGGCACAUUGACAGGUGUUGUGAUAGUGAUGAGGUUGUACGGCUGAUAAAGUCAAAAGUACCAACGUACAUCUCUGUUCGAUAA